AUGAAAUCCCCCUCCUCCAUACCAAACAACUAUGGUGCAACUGAGCUAGUACAGCAAGACGACAUUCUGCUCACUGAAGAAGAGAGGGACCUGCUGCAAUCCGAUAGACCUGGCUAUGGCUCUCGCUCCAAGAUUGAAAGCGCAUUUAAUCUUGUCAAUUCGACUGUAGGCGCUGGAAUUAUCGGCUUGCCCUUUGCCAUCCAUUUAGCAGGAUUCUGGACAGCUAUUCUGCUAUCCAUCUUUGUUGCCAUCAUAUCUCAAUUGGGCCUUCACAUGUUGGUCGUAUCAGGCCAACGUUCGCAAUGCUUCAAAUUUGCAGUUUUGAUGGAAUAUGUGUUUGGACGAUCUGGGUAUUAUUUUCUAAACUUCCUCAUACUUGUGCAAGCUGCAGGUGCUUGUGUCAGCUAUUUCAUUCUCAUUGGCGAUACAAUUCCUGUCUUGUUGCAACUCUAUUUUCCCCAAUACCCAAGUAUCACAGAGAGAUCAUUUGUCAUAUCAUUAAUCGCCAUUUUGUUUGUUUUUCCCCUGAAUCUCUCUCGUUCCAUCGGAUCUGUCGCCAGAUGGUCCAUCUUAUCCGUCCUGUGUUUGCCACUGAUUAUCAUCACACUUCUUGUGAGAGCACCUGCCUACAGCAAAUCACAUGAGUCGCCCUUGGAUUGGCAUGGACCUGACAUCUUCGGAGCCCUCGGCAUCCUGGCCUUUGCAUUUGCAUGUUCACACGUAUGCUUUAGUGUCUUUCUCAGUCUCAAGGACCAAACAAUCAAGUCAUGGACCAUCACCACCACACUUGCAUCCAUCAUGAGUUGGGUGGUAUCCAUUUCGUUUGCUGUCAUUGGUUAUCUCAGUUUUGGCAAAGAUGUGCAACCAAACUUGUUUCUCAAUUUCCCAGAUGAUGAUCUUAUUGUAAACAUUGGCAGAUUCGCACUUGGCUUCAGCAUGAUCUUGACCAUUCCCAUGGGAUUCUACCCCACGAGAGAAGCAGUUCAAAAGUUGCUGGGAUUCGAGACAGCAACCCGCCAGCCCAACAAAAUCCAGCACUACACUGUUACAGUCGUUCUGUUCAUCGUCAUUACUGCACUUGGUAUCACUGUUCGAUCGCUAGGAAAAGUCUAUGCAUUGAUUGGUGGUUUUGCUGCUACCUUCCUGGCCUACAUCCUACCUGCUGCUGCCUGCCUCAUCACUAGACGCUAUCCUGCAGUCGCUGGUACGGUCACCACCACUCUGGUGGAUGAUGAAAUUGGCAUCAAGGCACCUUUGCUUGGUAAAUUGUCAGCCACAUCUUCAACAACAUCAUCAUCUGAAGACAUUUUGUUUGAAGAAGAGAUUGUUGUGACCGAAUCCAUUAUCAUUGAUGAUAGUAUACCCAAGUUUGGCUUGUUGGAUUUCUCUGCCGUAAUUUUGUUGAUCUGGGGUACUGUUGUCAUGGUUUUUGCAACAUCUGGCGUAUUCAAAUAA